UUCAUCAGCAUUAUCGGAAAAUAUAUAUUAGAGAUGAAAAAUCACUUUAAUCGUGUCAAAAUACAAAAACGAUAAGCAAAUAUUCCAGGAUCAUAAAUACAUUAACAACCCAUCGAUAUCCUUCAUCUGUCUCACAACAUAUGAUCAAGCGUCCAUAAAGAUUGCCAAAAAAAAAAAAAAAAAAAAAAAAAAAAGAUUAGCUGGAUUAUUUCAACAUCAUGGCACCUCUUAUAUGGUUUAUUACUGGAGCAAACGCCGGGUUCGGCCUCCUACUCGCAAAUCUAGCGCUGUCCAAGGGUGAUACAGUUGUUGCGACUGCCAGGAGCCUCUCGAAAUUUCCAAGGUCUCUUAUAGAGAAUCCCAAGGCUGAUUUGGUGGAAACAGAGAUCACCGCAUCAGCCACCAGUAUAACCGAAUUGGUCGUUGCCGCUGCUGCUAAACAUGGCCGUAUUGAUGUUUUGGUUAACAACGCAGGAUUUGGACAUAUUGGCGCCGUUGAGGAAAUAUCAGACGAACAAGCUCGAUACCAAUUUGACGUCAACUUUUUUGGUUUGCUUAAUUUCACAAGAGCUGUGAUCCCACACAUGAGAAAACAGGGUUCUGGCGUCAUUGUGCAGCUUUCUAGUGGCGUGGGAAUUCUCGGCGCCCUUGGUGGUCCGAUUUACUCUGCUUCCAAGUUCGCCGUUGAAGGAUUGAGCGAGGCUAUGGCUAACGAGCUUAAGCCUUUUGGCAUCCGCGUUUACAUCAUUGAGCCCGGGAUUUUCCGGACCGACUUCUUGAAACCUAUCUCGAAUGGUCAAAAUGUGGGCCGCCAUUUGGAAGGAUAUGUGAAUUUGGAAGAGAUGCUCGGUGGUAUGCAUGGAAAGCAGCCUGGGAAUGCAGAGCUUGGCAUCCAGCGCAUGUAUGAGGUAGUCACUGGAACAGGAUUGGCCACUGGAUUGGAAGAUCAACUUCGUUUCCCUUUGGGUUCCGACUGCUACUCAAUGCUUGAAACGAAACUUAAGAUGCUAAACGAGACAGCCGAUAAAGUAAAGCAUGUUUCUUUAAGCACUGAUUAUUAGAUACUUCAGAAACAUGCCUCGAUAGAUAGUAUAGCUGAUAAUAUGAG